CAUCACUGUGGCGGAGGCGCCGGGGAUUGGCGGACGGCGAGACACGCAACCGACACGCUGCGCCGCCGUUCCGCAACCAGUGGAAAUCCUUUACAUCCACGACUCCCCCCUCAUCCGGCAGAGCUGUUGCAUCAGUUGCCAGUGCAACGAGUAGGGCCGCCACAAGUGCCGGGAAGCAUUCGAAGGAAAAGCUUUGAGAUGUGUGGUAUCUGGGCUUUGUUUGGCAGCGAUGACUGCCUGUCAGUUCAGUGCACCAGUGCCAUGAAAAUUGCUCACCGGGGCCCCGAUGCCUUCCGCUUUGAGAACGUCAACGGCUUCACCAACUGCUGCUUCGGCUUCCACCGGCUGGCCAUCGUGGACCAGCUGCACGGCAUGCAGCCCUUGCGUAUCAAGAAGUUUCCUUUCCUGUGGCUCUGCUACAAUGGAGAAAUUUACAACCAUCACACGCUGAAGCAGCAGUUUGAGUUUGAUCACCAGACCAAAGUGGACGGUGAAGUUUUGCUCCAUCUGUAUGACCGCUUUGGCAUCCAGAAGAUGGCUUCCCUGCUGGAUGGCGUGUUUGCUUUCGUUCUGCUGGACACUGCCAACAAAAAAGUCUUUCUGGGACGGGACACGUACGGCGUGCGGCCUCUGUUCAAACUCCUCACAGAUGAUGGAUUCCUUGCGGUCUGCUCAGAGGCUAAAGGCCUGACAGACGUUACCCAUGCAAUGGCCAGCCCUGCCGACAUUGUCCCGUUUCUCCCUGGGCACUUUGAGGUCUUUGAUUUGAAGCAGAAUGGCAAAGUUCAGUCUAUUCAGAUGGAGCAGUUCCACUGCUGCACACAGGAGCCUGCUCACGCCAUCUACGACACCGCGGAGAGACUGCCUACAAGCUUCAACGAGGAAACCGUGAAGAGCAACAUCAGAACCCUGUUCGAGAGUGCCGUGAGGAAACGUCUCAUGGCUCAGAGGAGAAUCGGAUGUCUCCUGUCAGGUGGCCUGGACUCCAGUUUGGUCGCCGCUACACUGGUGAAACUGGCCAAAGAGGAGAAGCUGCAGUAUCCCAUUCAGACGUUCUCAAUCGGCUCGGAGGACAGUCCAGACGUCAUAGCUGCUCGCAAGGUUGCGGCUCACAUUGGCAGCGAACACCAUGAAGUGAACUUCAGCGUGGAAGAAGGCAUCCAGGCAGUGGAGGAAGUCAUCUUCCACCUGGAGACCUAUGACAUCACCACCAUACGUGCCUCUGUUGGGAUGUACUUGGUUUCAAAGUUCAUCAAGGAGAAGUCAGACAGUGUGGUGAUCUUCUCUGGUGAGGGUUCCGAUGAGCUGACUCAGGGAUACAUUUACUUCCACAAGGCUCCAACUCCCAAAGCAGCGGCAGAGGACAGUGUUCGACUGAUGAAGGAACUCUACCUGUUUGACGUUCUCCGCGCUGAUCGCACCACUUCUGCACAUGGUCUGGAGCUCCGAGUGCCCUUUCUGGACCACAGAUUCACAGCAUACUACAUGUCCCUGCCUGAGGAGAUGAGGAUUGCUAAGCAUGGAGUGGAGAAGCACCUUCUGAGGGAUUCCUUCAAAGGUCUCGACUUGAUCCCCGAUGAGAUCCUGUGGAGGCGCAAAGAAGCCUUCAGCGAUGGCAUGAUGUCGCUGAAGAAGUCCUGGUACACCUGCCUGCAGGAACACCUAGGAUCCGUGGUGAACGACGACCAGAUGGAGAAGGCUCACAAGACCUUCCGUCACUUGCCUCCGUGCACCAAAGAGGCCUACUACUUCAGACAGGUGUUCGAGAAGCACUUCCCAGGCCGGGCUGAGUGGCUCUCCCAUUACUGGAUGCCUCGCUGGAUCAACGCCACCGACCCGUCAGCCCGAACGCUGUCCAUCUAUAAACCACAUAAAGACCAGUGAUCGACUGUGUCUGUCAGUCAGCUAUAGGAUGGCCUCCAUAUUCAAUUUGUCAUUCAUAGCGUGAACUUGGUUGAAUUCGGAUCCAAUUGAACUUAGUAGGAUUUAGCUUGUGUUGCCUUACUGUACAUGUCGCUCGUCAAUACCAUGAUUGAGUUUGUCACACUGUCUGAUAAAGCUGUACUCUGUCAGACCCACUGAUUUCUCAUCUGAUUUUGGGACGUGUCACAGCUUUUAAGACAUUUGAAGGCAGCGAGGCCGACGUAUGAGCUCCAUCUGCAGCCUGUCAUUUCAGAACUGUAAUGCAUUUCUAUUGAUUUGUACAACCUAUUAAAGGCUUUUUCAAACAAA